AUGAAUGAUUAUUCUCGUGGGUCUGUUCCACCAAAUGAGCUGCAAAUUUAUACUUGGCUUGAUUGCACACUGAAGGAAUUAACUUCACUUAUUAAAGAUGUUAAUCCUGAUGCACGUAGACGAGGCACAGAGUUUAAUUUUGCAAUUGUUGCUCCGGAUCGUUAUUCUGCUCGUUAUGCAUUAAGAGAAGUUGGAAUAACAAUCAGCGGGCAAAGAUCUCCAGAUGAUGAGAAAAGCGUAUCUUUUUGUUUUAAAUUUUUAUUAUUUUUAUAUAUUUAA